CGGAACGGGCGGGCAACAGGGAACGGGUGGGGCCAAACAGCGGAACGGGGUCAUCAGGGCCAAACAGCGGAACGGGCGGUGGGGCAAACAGCGGAACGGGCGGCAGGGGGCCAAACAGCGGAACGGGUGGUGGGCAAACAGCGGAACGGGUGGCAGGGCAUACAGCGGAACGGGGAACGGGCGGAACGGCCAAACAGGGAACGGGUGGUGGGGCUAACAGCGGAACGGGCGGCAGGGCUGGGGAACGGGCCAAACAGCGGAACGGGCGGUGGGGCCAAAUACAGCGGAACGGGCGGAACGGGCGGUCAAACAGCGGAACGGGUCAGGGCCAUACAGCGGAACGGGUGGUGGGGCCAACAGCGGAACGGGCGGGGAACGGGUCAAACAGCGGAACGGGCAAAACAACGGAACGGGGCAGGGCCAAACAGCGGAACGGGCGGCGGGGUCAUACAGCGGAACGGGCGGCGGGGCCAAACAGCGGAACGGGCGGCACAACGGCAGAAGUCAAACAGGGAACGGGCGGGGGCCAAACAGCGGAACGGGCGGUCAAACAGCGGAACGGGCGGCAGGGCCAAAACAGCGGAACGGGUGGCGGGGCAAACAGCGGAACGGGCAGGGCUCAACAGGGAACGGGCCAAACAGCGGAACGGGCGGUGGGCCAACAGCGGAACGGGGCUCGGGGGGUCAAACAGCGGAACGGGCGGCGGGCCAAACAGCGGAACGGGCGGGGGCAAACAGCGGAACGGGGCGGCGGGCCAAACAGCGGAACGGGUGGCAGGGGGAAACGGCUAAACAACGGAACGGGCGGUGGGCAAAACAGCGGAACGGGCGGUGGGGCCAAACAGCGGAACGGGUGGCAGGGCACAAGCGGAACGGCCAAACAACGGGGGUCAAACAGCGGAACGGGCAGGGCAAAACAGCGGAACGGGGCGGGGCCAAACAGCGGAACGGGCAGGUCAAACAGCGGAACGGGCGGCGGGGCAAACAGCGGAACGGGCGGCAGGGCGGAACGGGCAGGGGCUACAAACAGCGGAACGGGCGGGAACGGGGCCAAACAGCGGAACGGGCGGUGGGUCAAACAGCGGAACGGGUGGGGGCCAAAGCGGAACGGGCGGGGGGCCGGAACGGGCGGUAAAUACAGCAAAACAGCGGAACGGGCGGGCAAAAACAAACAGCGGAACGGGCGGGUGGGCAAACAGCGGAACGGGCGGAACGGGCAAACAGCGGAACGGGUGGUGGGUCAAACAGCGGAACGGGUGGCGGGCCAAACACAGCGGAACGGGCGGUGGGGUCAAACAGCGGAACGGGCGGCAGGGCCAAACAGCGGAACGGGCGGUGGGCAAAGCGGAACAGCGGAACGGGCAGGGUCAAACAGCGGAACGGCAGGGCAAACAACGGAACGGGGGGCAAACAGCGGAACGGGCAGGUCAAACAGCGGAACGGGCAGGCGGGGGGGCGGUCAAACAGCGGAACGGGUGGCAGGGCCAAACAGCGGAACGGGUGGCAGGGCAAAGAAACGGAACGGGUGGUGGGGCCAAACGGAACGGGUCAAACAGGAACGGGUGGCAGGGGGGGAACGGGUCAACAGCGGAACGGGCGGCAGGGGCCAUACAGCGGAACGGGUGGUGGGGCCAAACAGCGGAACGGGUCAGGGGGCAAACAGCGGAACGGGGAACGGGGGCAGGGCCAAACAGCGGAACGGGCGGCAGGGCAAACAGCGGAACGGGUGGCAGGGCCAAACAACGGAACGGGCAGGGUCAAACAGCGGAACGGGCGGCAGGGGGCAAACAGCGGAACGGGCGGGGCGGAACGGGCGGCAAACAGCGGAACGGGUCGGUCAAACAGCGGAACGGGUGGUGGGGCGGAAAACAGCGGAAACGGGCGGAACGGGCAACAUAGGAACGGGCGGCAGGGGCAAACAGCGGAACGGGGCCAAACAGCGGAACGGGUGGCAGGGUCAAACAGCGGAACGGGUGGUGGGGCCAAACAGCGGAACGGGCGGCAGGGUCAAACAGCGGAACGGGCAAACAGCGGAAACGGGCGGCGGGCCAAACAGCGGAACGGGUGGCGGGGCCAAACAGCGGAACGGGCGGCAGGGCCAACAGCGGAACGGGCGGUGGGUCAAACAGCGGAACGGGCAGGGUCAAACAGCGGAACGGGCGGUGGCAAACAGCGGAACGGCGGAACGGGUGGUCAAAAACAGCGGAACGGGCGGCGGCGGAACGGGCAAAAACAGCGGAACGGGCGGGGGCCAAGGGAACGGGCAAACAGCGGAACGGGCGGCAGGGCCAAACAGCGGAACGGGUGGUGGGGGUCAAACAGCGGAACGGGCGGGGGUCAAACAGCGGAACGGGCGGUGGGGCUCAAACAGCGGAACGGGCGGCAGGGUCAAACAGCGGAAACGGGCGGCAGGGCCAAACAGCGGAACGGGUAACAGCGGAACGGGCGGCAGGGCCAAACAGCGGAACGGGUGGUGGGGCUACAGCGGAACGGGCGGCAGGGGCAAAAAGCGGAACGGGUGGUGGGGCCAAACAGCGGAACGGGUGGCAAAGCGGAACGGGUGGGGCAAACAGCGGAACGGGCGGGGCAAAACAGCGGAACGGGCGGCGGGCUCAAACAGCGGAACGGGCGGCAGGGCUAAACAGCGGAACGGGUGGCAACGGGUCAAACAGCGGAACGGGAACGGGCGGUGGGGCAAACAGCGGAACGGGGAACGGGGGCUCAAACAGCGGAACGGGCAGGUCAAACAGCGGAACGGGUCGGAACGGGGCGGGGGCCAAACAGCGGAACGGGCGGGUCAAACAGCGGAACGGGUGGCAGGGGCCAAACAGCGGAACGGGUGGGGCCAACAGCGGAACGGGUGGGUGGGGCCAAACAGCGGAACGGGCGGUGGGCCAAACAGCGGAACGGGUCAGGCGGGGCAAAACAGCGGAACGGGCGGGGUCAAACAGCGGAACGGGUGGUGGGCAAACAGCGGAACGGGCGGCAGGGCCAAACAGCGGAACGGGCGGCAGGGCCAAAGCGGAACGGGUGGCAGGGCCAAAAACAGCGGAACGGGCGGCAGGGGCAAACAGCGGAACGGGCAGGGGUACAGCGGAACGGGUGGUAAACAACGGAAACGGGUGGGCAGGGCAAACAGCGGAACGGGUGGGGGGCAAACAGCGGAACGGGCGGCAGGGCCAUACAGCGGAACGGGCAGGGGCUCAAACAGCGGAACGGGUGGUGGGGCCAAACAGCGGAACGGGGCGGGCCAACAGCGGAACGGGCGGCAACGGGUGGCAACAGCGGAACGGGUGGGCCAAACAGCGGAACGGGGGCGGGGCCAAACAGCGGAACGGGUCAGGUGGGUCAAACAGCGGAACGGGCGGCAGGGCAAACAGCGGAACGGGCGGGGGGCAAAAGCGGAACGGGCGGAACGGGCGGUAAACAGCGGAACGGGCAGCGGAACGGGCGGUCAGGGUCAAACAGCGGAACGGGUGGGGCUCAUACAGUGGAACGGCCAAACAGCGGAACGGGCGGUGGGGCAAACAGCGGAACGGGUGGCAGGGCAUACAGUGGGUCAAACAGCGGAACGGGUGGUGGGGCUAAACAGGAACGGGCGGGUCAAACAGCGGAACGGGCAGGGGCUAAACAGCGGAACGGGCGGCGGGUCAAACAACAAAACGGCGGAACAGCGGAACGGCGGCGGGGGCAAACAGCGGAACGGGUG